GCCGGGCGGCGUUCGUUUUUCAUUUUAUUCCUUUAAGUCGAGGCCGAGGAGGAGCGAGUGGAGGCUGCCCCCUCGCGCGCCCCGCUGCCGACCCGUCAGGGAGCCCCGAGCAGUCGGGAAUGGUUACGCGAGUCCGGCCGCCAGCGCCCCACUGUCUCCGGCCCGAAGCCCGGGGGCGCAGAGGCUGAACCGAAGACCGCGGAGGGAGCCACCGCGGGGCCGCUCGGGGCCAGGGCCGCUCCGAGAGCUCAGGCCGAACGAGGGCCGCGCCGUCACCUCUAUUCUGAGAAGACUCCACGGAGAAGGCUCCCCGCUGCCCGUGAGCGACAUCCCGGGAGUCGCCAAAAGGACAGCACGCCCUCCUCUCCCCUUUUCUCGCCGCGCCGCCUCGCGGGACCCUCUCGAAGUGCCUGGUCCCCGGCUCCAGCCUCCGGCACCCGCUGCAGAAACCUCCGGCACCGGAUCGGGGAGUCCACACUGGAUGGGCCGGGUGUGAGGGGUCGGGCGCCCUACGAGGGGGCUUCCUAGGGCCUGGUGAGCGGCGGCCGGGAGAGCGGAGAGGCGCGGCCAGGAAAGCGGAGAGCGCGCCCUCGGGGCGCACGGCGCCGCGGCUCUAGCCGAGGCGAUGCCCAGGCGGCUGCGAGCCGCCGGCCGCAGGAGGCCCUAGGAGGGCAUGGGCUUGGCACCCCAGUCCUAGAGACCCUUUGCUCGGAGUCGAGGGACCGACGCGAUGGCCUCGGAAGUGGUGUGCGGGCUCGUCUUCAGGCUGCUGCUCCCCAUCUGCCUGGCAGUAGCCUGCGCCUUCCGGUACAACGGGCUCUCCUUCGUCUACCUCAUCUACCUCCUGCUCAUCCCCCUGUUCUCGGAACCAACUAAAGCCACCAUGCAAGGACACACGGGACGGUUGUUAAAGUCUCUGUGCUUCACCAGUCUCUCCUUCCUGUUGCUGCACAUCAUUUUCCACAUCACGUUGGCGAGUCUGGAGGCACAGCACCGCAUCGCGCCUGGUUACAACUGCUCAACCUGGGAGAAGACUUUCCGACAAAUCGGCUUUGAAAGCUUAAAGGGAGCCGAUGCUGGCAAUGGGAUCCGAGUGUUUGUGCCUGACGUGGGCAUGUUCAUCGCCAGCCUGACCAUCUGGCUGGUCUGUAGGAACAUUGUUCAGAAGCCAAUGGCCGAAGAGGCCGCGCAGUGUAACCCGGAGUUUGAGAAUGAAGAGUCGGCUGGAGGAGAAAAAAUAGACUCCGAAGAGGCCCUGAUCUACGAAGAGGACUUAGACGAGGGAGACGGUGCUGAAGGCGAUUUGGAGGAAAGCGCGAAAUUAAAACUCUUCCGCAGGCUGGCCUCUGUGGCCUCCAAGCUGAAGGAGUUUAUUGGCAACAUGAUAACCACUGCGGGGAAGGUUGUUGUGACGAUUUUACUGGGUUCAUCAGGGAUGAUGCUGCCCUCUCUGACCUCGUCCGUGUACUUCUUCGUGUUCCUGGGCCUGUGCACUUGGUGGUCCUGGUGCCGGACCUUCGACCCCUUGCUGUUCAGCUGUCUCUGCGUCCUGCUGGCCAUCUUCACCGCGGGACACCUGAUCGGACUCUAUCUGUACCAGUUCCAGUUCUUCCAGGAAGCCGUUCCCCCCAACGACUACUAUGCCAGGUUGUUUGGUAUCAAAUCAGUCAUUCAGACAGACUGUUCCAGCACAUGGAAGAUCAUUGCCAACCCCGACCUGUCCUGGUACCACCACGCCAACCCCAUCGUCCUGCUGGUGAUGUACUACACGCUGGCCACUCUGAUCCGAAUCUGGCUGCAGGAGCCCGUUGUGCAGGAAGAGAGGACCAAGGAGGAGGACAGAGCCCUGGCCUGCAGCCCUGCGCCCAUCACAGCCGAGAGGAGGCGGAGCCUGUGGUACGCAACCCACUACCCCACGGACGAGAGAAAACUUUUAUCCAUGACUCAGGAUGACUACAAGCCGUCCGACGGCCUGCUGGUGACCGUGAACGGCAACCCCGUGGACUACCACACCAUCCACCCUAGCCUCCCGCUGGAGAACGGCCCCGCCAAGGCUGACCUGUACUCCACGCCUCAGUACCGCUGGGAGCCUGCCGCUGCCUCCCCCGAAAAGAAGGAGGAAGAUGAUGAUGAGAAAGAAGAGUUUGAGGAGGAGCGGAGCAGGGAGGAGAAGAGGAGUGUCAAAGUGCACGCCAUGGUGUCUGUGUUCCAGUUCAUCAUGAAGCAGAGCUACAUCUGUGCCCUUAUCGCCAUGAUGGCCUGGAGCAUCACCUACCACAGCUGGCUGACCUUCGUGCUGCUCAUCUGGUCCUGCACUCUGUGGAUGAUCCGCAACCGGAGGAAGUAUGCUAUGAUCAGCUCCCCCUUCAUGGUUGUCUAUGGAAACCUGCUGCUCAUACUGCAGUACAUAUGGAGCUUUGAGCUCCCUGAGAUUAAAAAGGUCCCAGGUUUCUUAGAAAAGAAGGAGCCGGGGGAGCUCGCCUCAAAGAUUCUGUUCACCAUCACAUUCUGGCUGCUGCUGAGACAGCACCUCACAGAGCAGAAAGCUCUCCAAGAAAAGGAAGCUCUUCUGUCUGAGGUCAAAAUCGGAAGUCAGGAAAGUGAAGAAAAAGAUGAUGAACAGGACUUACAGGUGGACAGGGAGGCUCAGGAGAAGGAGGAAGAAGAGGAGCCGAAGGAGGAGCAGCAGGAGCGGAGAGAGGAAGAGGAAGAGGAAGAAGCAGACGAGCAGGACGUGAUGAAGGUGCUAGGGAACCUGGUGGUGGCCCUGUUCAUCAAGUACUGGAUCUACGUCUGCGGGGGGAUGUUCUUCUUCGUCAGCUUCGAGGGUAAAAUCGUGAUGUACAAGAUCAUCUACAUGGUGCUCUUCCUCUUCUGUGUGGCCCUGUAUCAGGUGCACUAUGAAUGGUGGAGGCGGAUCCUGAAGUACUUCUGGAUGUCGGUGGUUAUCUACACGAUGCUGGUGCUUAUCUUUAUAUACACAUAUCAGUUUGAAAACUUCCCAGGCUUGUGGCAAAACAUGACCGGACUGAAAAAAGAAAAGCUGGAGGACCUUGGCCUGAAGCAGUUCACGGUGGCCGAGCUGUUCACGCGCAUCUUCAUCCCCACCUCCUUCCUCCUGGUCUGCAUCCUGCACCUGCACUACUUCCACGACCGAUUCCUGGAGCUCACCGACCUGAAGUCCAUCCCCAGCAAGGAGGACAGCGCUGUCUAUAGGCUGGCCCACCCCGAGGGAAGCCUUCCAGACCUUGCCAUGAUGAAGCUGACCGCCAGCCUGGAGGUGGCGGAAGUCAAGCAGCUGGCUGGGCCUGGGGAGGAGAUGCCAGGGGGAUGCCCUGCAAAAGCCAAGAAGGGCGAGCCUGGCAGGGACAGCGAGGACGAGGAUGAGGACGAAGACGAGGAGGACGGAGAGGAGGAGGAGACGUCAGAUCUGAGGAACAAGUGGCACUUGGUGAUCGACCGCCUCACCGUGCUGCUCCUGCGGUUCCUGGAGGGCUUCCACCAGCUGCAGACGUUCCUGUGGUGGAUCCUGGAGCUGCACAUCGUCAAGAUCGUGUCCUCCUACAUCAUCUGGGUGUCCGUGAAGGAGGUGUCUCUGUUUAACUACGUGUUUCUGAUUUCCUGGGCUUUUGCUCUGCCAUACGCCAAGCUCCGCCGUCUGGCCUCCAGCGUCUGCACCGUCUGGACAUGUGUGAUCAUCGUCUGUAAGAUGCUGUACCAGCUGCAGACCAUCAAGCCUGAGAACUUCUCUGUGAACUGUUCAUUGCCAAAUGAAAACCAGACGAACAUCCCCCUGCACCAGCUGAACAAGUCUCUGCUCUACAGCGCACCCAUUGACCCCACAGAAUGGGUGGGCCUCAGGAAGUCAUCUCCUCUACUUGUCUACCUGAGGAACAACCUGCUGAUGCUGGCCAUCCUGGCCUUCGAGGUCACAAUCUACCGCCAUCAGGAGUACUACCGAGGUCGGAACAACCUCUCAACCCCUGUGUCUAAAACCAUCUUCCACAACAUCACAAGACUCCAGCUGGAUGAUGGACUUGUUAACUGUGCCAAGUAUUUCAUCAAUUACUUCUUCUACAAGUUUGGUCUGGAGACCUGUUUCCUCAUGUCAGUUAACGUGAUCGGCCAGCGCAUGGACUUCUACGCCAUGAUUCACGCCUGCUGGCUGAUUGCCGUCCUGUACCGGCGCAGGAGGAAGGCCAUCGCUGAGAUCUGGCCCAAGUACUGCUGCUUCCUGGCUUGCAUCAUCACCUUCCAGUACUUCAUCUGCAUCGGCAUCCCCCCUGCCCCCUGCCGAGACUACCCUUGGAGGUUCAAGGGCGCCAGCUUCAAUGACAACAUCGUCAAGUGGCUGUACUUCCCUGACUUCAUCGUUCGGCCCAACCCUGUGUUCCUCGUGUAUGAUUUCAUGCUACUCCUGUGUGCCUCGCUGCAACGGCAGAUCUUUGAGGACGAGAAUAAGGCCGCCGUACGGAUCGUGGCGGGCGACAACGUGGAGAUCUGCAUGAACCUGGACGCGGCCUCAUUCAGCCAGCACAAUCCCGUGCCCGACUUCAUCCACUGCAGGUCGUACCUGGACAUGUCCAAGGUGGUCAUCUUCAGCUACCUCUUCUGGUUUGUGCUCACUAUCAUCUUCAUCACCGGGACGACCCGCAUCAGCAUCUUUUGCAUGGGCUACCUGGUGGCCUGCUUCUACUUCCUGCUCUUCGGGGGCGACUUGCUGCUGAAACCCAUCAAGAGCAUCCUGCGCUACUGGGACUGGCUGAUCGCUUACAAUGUCUUCGUGAUCACAAUGAAAAACAUACUGUCGAUAGGAGCGUGUGGCUAUAUUGAAAAAUUGGUUCAAAAUAGUUGCUGGUUGAUCCAAGCAUUCAGCCUGGCCUGUACAGUCAAGGGCUACAAAAUGCCUGAUGAUGACUCCUCCUGUAAACUGCCCAGUGGGGAGGCGGGAAUCAUUUGGGACAGCAUAUGCUUUGCCUUCCUGCUGCUGCAGAGAAGAGUGUUCAUGAGUUACUAUUUCCUGCACGUAGUGGCAGAUAUAAAAGCCUCGCAGAUCCUGGCAUCCAGAGGGGCUGAGCUUUUCCAGGCCACCAUUGUGAAGGCUGUGAAGGCCAGAAUCGAGGAGGAGAAAAAGUCCAUGGACCAGCUGAAGAGGCAGAUGGACCGCAUCAAGGCCAGGCAACAGAAAUACAAAAAGGGUAAGGAGAGGAUGCUGAGCUUGACCCAGGAGUCGGGGGAAGGCCAAGAUCUCCAAAAACUUUCUGAAGAGGAUGACGACAGAGAAGCAGACAAACAGAAAACCAAGGGCAAAAAAAAGCAGUGGUGGCGGCCUUGGGUUGAUCAUGCUUCCAUGGUCAGGAGUGGAGAUUACUAUUUGUUUGAAACGGAUAGUGAAGAGGAAGAAGAGGAAGAAUUAAAAAAGGAAGACGAAGAGCCCCCCCGGAGGUCAGCUUUCCAGAGAGCUAUUGGGAAGUUUGCAUCAGCCAUUUUAGCCUUGCCAAAGUCUAUCAUUAAACUUCCCAAAACUAUUCUUCAGUAUUUAAUCAGAGCUGCAAAGUUUGUUUAUCAAGCCUGGAUUACUGACCCUAAAACAGCACUCCGACAGAGGCGCAAAGAGAAAAAAAGAUCUGCAAGAGAAGAACAGAAAAGAAGGAGAAAAGAAUCUGGGGAGGGUCCUGUGGAGUGGGAAGACCGGGAGGAUGAGCCAGUCAAAAAGAAGUCUGAUGGACCAGACAACAUCAUCAAGAGGAUCUUUAAUAUUUUGAAGUUCACCUGGGUCCUGUUUCUGGCAACCGUGGACAGUUUCACAACGUGGCUCAACUCCAUCUCCAGGGAGCACAUCGAUAUCUCCACUGUCCUGAGGAUCGAGCGCUGCAUGCUGACCAGAGAGAUCAAGAAGGGCAACGUCCCAACCCGGGAGAGCAUCCACAUGUACUACCAGAACCACAUCAUGAACCUGUCCAGGGAGUCGGGACUGGACACCAUCGACGAGCACGCUGGCACUGCUGCAGGUGCCCAGACUGCCCACAGGAUGGACAGCUUGGAUUCCCACGACAGCAUCUCCAGCUGCUACACGGAAGCAACCAUGCUGUUCUCAAGGCAGUCCACCCUUGAUGAUUUAGAUGGACCAGAAACUGUGCCUAAAACGAGUGAGCGCGCUCGGCCCGGGCUCCGUAAAAUGCUCAGCAUGGAUGUGUCCUCCUCGUCCGCCGAGAGCACCAGCUUAGGCUCCAGCGAGCCCACGCAGUGCACGAUGCUGUACUCGCGCCAGGGGACCACGGAGACCAUCGAGGAAGUGGAGGCUGAGCAGGACGAGGAGGCGCCCGAGGGGGCCCGGGAGGCUGAGUCCCCACAGGAUCCCACGGAGGACGGUGAUGUGGAGGCCCCGCCAUCCUACAGCAAGGCUGUCAGCUUUGAGCGCCUGUCCUUCGACUCCCGGGACGACUCGGCCGGCCAGACCCACAUGGAAGUCAGCCCGGAUGACAGCCGCUCGGAUCGGCUGGAGGCCAGCAUCCUGCCACCUCUGACCCACGAGCUGACAGCCAGCGAGCUGCUGCUGAACAAGAUGUUCCAUGACGACGAGCUGGAGGAGUCAGAGAAGUUCUACGUGGGGCAGCCUCGCUUCCUGCUGCUCUUCUACGCGCUGUACAACACGCUGGUGGCCCGCUCCGAGAUGGUGUGCUACUUUGUCAUCAUCCUCAACCACAUGGUCUCUGCCUCCAUGAUCACCCUUGUGCUGCCCAUCCUCAUCUUCCUCUGGGCCAUGCUGUCCGUCCCCCGGCCCAGCAGGCGCUUCUGGAUGAUGGCCAUCGUCUACACGGAGGUGGCCAUUGUGGUCAAAUACUUCUUCCAGUUUGGGUUCUUCCCCUGGAACAAGAAUGUGGAACUGAACAAGGACAAGCCUUACCACCCACCCAACAUCAUCGGGGUGGAGAAGAAGGACGCCUAUGUGCUCUACGACCUCAUCCAGCUGCUGGCACUCUUCUUCCACCGCUCCAUCCUAAAGUGUCACGGCCUCUGGGAUGAAGACGACAUUGUGGACAGCGGCUCAGACAAAGUGGACUCAGACGACGAGCUGUCCCUCGGCCAUGGCAGGAGGGCCUCCUCCGACUCGCUCAAGUCCAUCAACCUGGCCGCGUCCGUGGAGUCGGUGCACGUGACCUUCCCCGAGCAGCCGGCUGCCGUCCGGAGGAAGCGCUCCAGCAUCGGCUCCCAGACCUCACAAGGGUCCAGCUUUUCCUCGAAUAGGUCCAAGAGAGGCAGCACGAGCACCCGGAACAGCAGCCAGAAAGGAAGCAGCGUCGUGAGCGUCAAGCAGAAGAGCAGACGGGAACUUUACAUGGAGAAGUUGCAGGAACACUUAAUCAAAGCAAAAGCCUUUACCAUAAAGAAGACCCUGCAGCUCUACGUGCCCAUCAGGCAGUUCUUCUACGACCUCAUCCACCCCGACUACAGUGCCGUCACUGACGUGUACGUGCUUAUGUUCCUGGCGGACACCGUGGACUUCGUCAUCAUUGUCUUCGGCUUCUGGGCCUUUGGGAAACACUCGGCUGCGGCCGACAUCACGUCCUCGCUGUCCGAGGACCAGGUGCCGGGGCCCUUCCUGGUGAUGGUGCUCAUUCAGUUCGGGACCAUGGUGGUGGACCGGGCACUCUACCUCAGGAAGACUGUCCUAGGAAAGGUCAUCUUCCAGGUCAUCCUGGUGUUUGGGAUUCACUUCUGGAUGUUCUUCAUCCUGCCUGGCGUGACCGAGAGGAAGUUCAGCCAGAACCUGGUUGCGCAGCUGUGGUACUUCGUCAAGUGCGUGUACUUCGGGCUGUCCGCCUACCAGAUCCGCUGCGGCUACCCAACUCGGGUCCUCGGCAACUUCCUCACCAAGAGCUACAACUACGUCAACCUCUUCCUGUUCCAGGGGUUCCGCCUUGUCCCUUUCCUGACGGAGCUGAGGGCUGUGAUGGACUGGGUGUGGACAGACACGACCCUGAGCCUGUCCAGCUGGAUCUGCGUGGAGGACAUCUAUGCUCACAUCUUCAUCCUCAAGUGUUGGCGGGAGUCGGAAAAAAGGUACCCGCAGCCCCGGGGGCAGAAGAAGAAGAAGGUGGUCAAGUACGGGAUGGGGGGCAUGAUCAUCGUGCUGCUCAUCUGCAUCGUCUGGUUCCCGCUACUCUUCAUGUCUCUGGUCAAAUCCGUCGCUGGGGUUAUCAACCAGCCUCUGGACGUCUCAGUCACAAUCACCCUGGGCGGGUACCAGCCUAUUUUCACAAUGAGUGCCCAGCAAAGCCAGCUGAAAGUUAUGGACCAGCCAAUGUUUAAUAAAUUCAUUAAAGCUUUUUCUAAGGACACUGGUGCUAUGCAAUUUCUGGAAAAUUAUGAAAAAGAAGACAUAACAGUUGCAGAACUGGAAGGAAACUCAAAUUCUUUAUGGACCAUCAGCCCUCCCAGUAAGCAGAAAAUGAUACACGAACUCAAGGACCCCAAUAGUAGCUUCUCUGUUGUUUUUUCAUGGAGUAUUCAGAGAAACAUGAGUCUGGGUGCAAAAGCAGAAAUAGCAACAGAUAAGCUUUCUUUCCCUCUUAAAAACGCAACACGAGAGAAUAUUGCUAAAAUGAUAGCUGGCGGCGACACGGAAAGCUCCAGGACGCCCGUGACCAUAGAAAGGAUUUAUCCAUACUAUGUGAAAGCACCCAGUGACUCUAACUCCAAACCCAUAAAGCAGCUUUUAUCUGAAAAUAAUUUCAUGAACAUCACCAUCAUUUUGUCCAGAGACAAUGCGACUAACUCGAACAGUGAGUGGUGGGUUCUCAACUUGACUGGGAACAGAAUCUACAACCAGGAAGCCCAGGCCCUGGAGCUGGUGGUCUUCAACGACAAGGUCAGCCCCCCUAGCCUGGGGUUCCUGGCCGGCUAUGGUAUCAUGGGCCUUUACGCUUCCGUGGUGCUGGUGAUUGGGAAGUUUGUCCGGGAAUUCUUCAGCGGGAUUUCUCACUCCAUCAUGUUUGAAGAACUUCCCAACGUGGAUCGGAUUCUGAAAUUGUGCACAGACAUUUUUUUAGUCCGGGAGACGGGGGAGCUGGAGCUCGAGGAGGAUCUCUAUGCCAAAUUAAUAUUCCUGUACCGGUCGCCAGAAACCAUGAUCAAAUGGACCAGGGAGAAAACAAACUGACACGCUGGCCACAGACCGCGAGCCGAGUUAACGCGGGGAUUUUCCAAAGAAAAAAAGAAAAGCACAAUCUUGUCCUGCGAGCUAAGCGUUUCCAGUUCGGCAGAAACAGUCUCUGUGCUGACGGGAGCAGAAGGGCUGGGCUCCCUUUUGCCCCCAGAGCUACGAGCCAAGGCGCUGUUGAAACACCCUUCGUGUUAAUUCCGUUCCUCUGAAGUCGGGGCUGCUCUCCUGUGUCAGUCCACGGUGUCUCGCGUCCUGAUUGACUGUGUGGAGGAGUCGCUGACAGGUCUCAUCCUCAGAGACCCAGAACAGCAGGAGGAGGAAGGAGAGACCUUCUCCUGGGUGGACGGUGCCCUCCUGGAGAUACCAGGUCAUCGCAACGCCACGCCCGGCGCUCGGCUGCCAAGGGGAUGCUGCGUGGGGAGGGGCCAGGGGCCUGCACCCCGAGUAUGCAGCAGAAUGGGGGCUGAAGCCCCGACACAUGUUUCUAGGGGGAAAGAGGGAGGGGCCGGUGACCCAUGGUGACGCCAGUGGAAGGAUAAGCCUCAUUCUAAGCAAAAAGAUAACCUUAGUGACACUUACUGCCUUACCUUAACUGAAGAGUAAUACGAAAUCUUUCCAUUCAACACCAGUGACUUCUCAGGAAAAAAAAAAAAAAAGCAGCAAAACAAAGACAUGGACGCAGUGUUGCUGAGGCCCAGCUGGUGGCUCUUCUGGUUCCAGAGAGUUCCUGCUCCCCGUGAAACCCCCGACCUGGGAGACAGAGAUGCCACCCAGCGGAGGUGGGGUCCUUGGACGCUGUCACCUUUGCUAACUGAGGUCUGAGCUCCCCUUUGCCCCCCUCACCCAUGCUUCCUCCCGUUUCCAUGACUCACAGCAGUGGUUUUUCCAGUAUGUGACAUUUUUUUCCCUGUUUUUCAGGUCUCUCAACAAGUUUACAUAUUCCAAUUCACAUUUUUACAUCUGAGACGGGUUUUUUUAAGUUCAUAAUUAUGAAAGAAAUAUGUAUAUUGAGCUUGGGGAAAUAAACAAAUGGCCUUUUCUUAAAUUAUUAUUAUGGGUCAUACAACGUCUUCAUGAAAUAACAAUGUAGCAUGAAAAAUUGAUGAUUGACAUGUAGUUUUCAUUCCAUAUUAAAGGACAGUUUCUGAGAAGAAUCAUUGAAUGGACUAGAAUAUGUCCCAAAUAACUGACCCUCUGUAGUUUGGGUUCGGGACUGACUUAGAAUAAAGCACAUCCUGCAAAGUCACUUUAAGAAUACUCUUCCUUCUGCCUUGUUGCAUGAAAUAAGAGAAGCGACCUUUCUGUACUGUGUGCCCAGAGCUAAGAACCCACUUCUGGUGGGUUGGUUGUAUUGUCGGUUUUCUCAUGUGUGUGCUCAAGGGGACUAAUAAAAGCAGAAAUGACUGGUAAAAAAUAACCUUCCCAGGAGGAAACCAUUACAGUGAAUACAGAGUUUUUAAAACGUA